UAUAAUGUAUCUUAAUGCAUUCUAUUUGCAGCCUUUUCAAUAUACAGCUGAAAUAUAGUUGUGUAUAAGUGGUAUAAAGUGAUUGAAUUGUUGCGACGUGUUCUAACCUCUCACUUCCCAUCGAAGAAAAUCUUUUGAGAACGAAGACAACUACUAAUCAGAAUGAAGAGCGUAUUCUUAGUCCUAGGAAUGCUCGUGGCAGCCGCCAUAGCACAAGAUGUGGUCCAGGUAGUUUGCUCUCAGGCGUCCAUAACCGCGAAGAUCCAAAAAGAAGUGGUGACGUCGGCCGGCUACACGAAGGAAGACGUGCAUCUCAACGACCGACAAUGCCCAUUUGACUCUGAGGAAGAACUUUUCUUUGUUAAAGUCAUUUCGCCCCUCAGUAGCUGCGGCACUCAUCUCACGGCAAACGACACUCACGUUGUUUUCACCAACUCCAUUUCCACCGUUGACACCGGACCUACAUUUCCGUAUGGUGUCGUAGUUGGACCGCAAGCAAACGAGAAAGUACUCAGUGCAUUUAUCAAAUGUACUUACAGAAUUGACUUGAAUGUGAGCACCAUGUUUAUCCCAAACAUCACAAUAAUUCCCAUUCAAAUUCCCGAUGCCUUUGGCAUUGGUGAGUUCCGUGCCGCCAUGGCUCUCUACACAGACAACACUUAUCUUACUGCAUAUUCCAGCCCGCCCGUUAUGGAACCCGAGGAAACCCUUUACGUCGGUGUUACUCUGAUCGGUGACGUCAGCAGUGACGUAUACCUCCUCAUGAAAGAGUGCUGGGGUACGGUUUCUGACAGUCCAGGCGCAUCGCCACAAUACCCACUGGUCCAAGAAGGUUGUGCUGUUGCUUCCUCUGGCGAUGGGGCUGUUCGUGUAACACAGAAUGGAGUGAGCCACCAGGGUAUGUGGAACAGCCCGGUGUUCAAGUUUGUCGGCAACGAUCCCAGCUUCGAGAACGUAUGGCUUCACUGCAACCUUCAAAUUUGCAUCAACCGAAACUGCGAACCGACUUGCGCCAAACGAAGACGGCGUUCCGUUGAUAACGAAGGUCGACCAAUAUGGGGACCAGCAGACCAUACCAGUCCCCACGUCAUCACCGUAGGUCCAAUCACAAGACUUAUCGUUGAGACCGUUCCACAAAACGAGACCAGAACCACCUACGAGAAUCGAGGCCCGAACCGUGAGCCACACCCAAUACUUUUAACCAACACCCCAACUCACCAGACAAACAACUUAGGAUGGUCAUCUGGUCAUACCGUGAUCCUGGUUUCGGUCCUUGGAGGUUUGGCGCUCAUCUGCGUGAUGUUGGCGCUCAUUGUGGUCAUCAUGCGCAUUCGUGGCCGAACAUCCAACACCGGGUUCGACCUCGCUGGCAACUCCAACAAGUCCUAUGUUGCUUAAACCAAACUCAUUUUGAUGCGGCGCGAUUGCGGUCUUUGCUUAUAUAUAAACAUUACACGCGUACCAAAGAGCUUUAACUCAACCCUACGGGCUUAAACCUUUAAGAUUUUUAAUGUGAUUCGUGAUAACAGCCCUUUAUACCACCACUUGCGUCAACACGGUCGGCUGAGUUCAUCCCACCAGCUUUGAAAAUAUUGCUUUAAGGCUUUCUGCCGGCAACCCAUCUUUUUGAGGUUGCUGUACCAUAGGCUGGUCCGCUGUUACGUUUAAUGCGGUUCAUAGUUCAUUGUUAUGCUUGCAUAUUCUCGCUGCGCUUUGGUGUAGUAUGGUGGGGGAAGAUGGGACACACUUAUCUUUAUUUUCUGCUCACAUUCGGUGGUAAACACAUUUAAAGAAUUAUAAAACCGUAUCCCCACGACUCCUAUAUGGACCGUUGUUAAUUGUUUAAAACACCAACACAAUUUUUGGAUGUUAUUUGCUAAAAGUGCCCCGUCUUCCCCCACCCUGCUAUAUAUUUCUUGUUGUCUUGGUAAAAGUGCUGAACGCACACGUGUGGUGUUUUGCCACCCAAUAGGAAAUAAUGUGUUGUACAAACCUCAACUCUGGCAUAUUGUAUUCCCGGUAAUACAGGUUAUUAACAACAGUUGUAGUUUUCUUGCUGUGAACUAACCAUUCGCAUUUGGCCAAUAAAAGCAUGUGCUUGCA